AUGAAGAAAAUGAUGCCCACUGCGAAGUACCUCGGCCUCCCUCUGUUCAGAGCUUCAAAGAGGACUGAGGACUAUAACCAUCUUGUGGAUCGUAUCUUGUGUCGCAUCCAGGGUUGGAAGGCCAAGCUUUUGUCCAACGUAGGCAAGCUUUCAGAGAUUUUUUGGUGGGGCGAUUCGGACACUAAGAGAGUGUUUCAUCCGAUUGCUUGGGAGACACUUUGUAGACCAAAGACUCACGGAGGGCUAGGAUUCAGAACAACGGAAGCAACAAACAAAGCUUUCUUAAUGAAAUGGGCGUGGAAAAUGUUAUCGGAGGACAAUAGUCUAUGUCGACAACUCAGGGAUGCAAAAUACAUCAAGAACCAGAGUUCCAUGGAUAUGGAAAGUUCACCAUCUGAUUCAAGACUUUGGAAGGCCAUUCUCAAUUCUAGAACGCUCCUACAGAAAGGUUUGUGUCGUAAGAUUGGCGAUGGCAGAGCCACAUCAAUAUGGUUCCAUCCUUGGGUUCCAGGGGACAACCCCCAACCGAAGCCCAGGCUCGACGCUUCAAAAGGUAUCAGCUUGGUUAACAGUUUCAUCCAAAAUAAUCAAUGGAAUGUGAGCCUUGUAAAACAAUGGUUCCACCACAAGGACGCGAGACAAAUUCUGAAUAUCACACUGCCUGAUCGUUCCGUUGAAGACUCUUGGUUAUGGCUCCCAGAACCGAACGGACAAUUCACCAUCAAAUCAGCGUAG